AGCGUUUUAUUUAUUGUUUAUUUAUUUCAAGGUGCCACCAUCUUUAUAAAGUCCUUCCUCCCCAAAACCGUCUGCAUUUUGCGCGUCUGAAUUUUUUCUUUAUCGUCUCUGUCCUUUCUGGUUGGUCCUUAGGGAGUGAGUGAGGGCACACAGUAAGCAACCAUGGGACGCGCUCCAUGCUGUGACAAAGACAACGUGAAGAGAGGCCCGUGGUCUCCGGAAGAAGACGCAGCUCUCAAGUCCUACCUCGAGUCUCAUGGCACCGGCGGCAACUGGAUUCUUCUCCCUAAAAAAGCUGGUCUGAGGCGGUGCGGGAAGAGCUGCCGUCUGCGGUGGCUGAACUAUCUGAGGCCAGACAUCAAACAUGGAAGCUUCACUGAAGAGGAAGACAGCAUUAUCUUCAGCCUCUACAACCAGAUGGGAAGCCGAUGGUCAGUCAUUGCUUCUCACAUGCCUGGAAGAACAGACAACGAUGUGAAGAACUAUUGGAAUACCAAGUUAAAGAAGAAACUUUUGGUUUUGGGAGGAAAGGUAAAGAAUAUCAGUAGUGAAGAGAGAGAGCCCACGAUUACAAACAAUGCCAAUUUUUCUGGAAUCCCAAAAACUGAGGAACCUCAAGACCCUGCCUUCUCAACUUUCCAAACAGCCACAUUGCAGACGCUAUCCGAUGUGAACUUCGGACUCAAUGCCUACAACCAGACGCUGAGCUUAAACCCUGAUCAGUUAUACAGCCCCAAGCCCUUGGGUUUUUCGAAUUUCGGUGCAAGUUCAAGGAGGAAUUUCAGCACCACUGUUUCAUUGUCUCAGGAAGGAUCGAGCGUUUCGGAUUCGUCUUCGAUUGCUGGGAAUGGUUAUCUUGAUCAGGAUUCUUGGUUUUGUAUGGAUUAUGGAUAUGGUAUGGCUUAUGAUAAUAAUGUCAAUUACUAUGGCAUGUGUUUUGAGAAAAAAACCAGUGAAGCUGUCCCAUCAGGCUGCACGGAUUUGGGUGAAUUGUUUUCAAGCUGAAAUUUACAACUACUGAAACAAAAGGGUUUGAAUUGGCAAAGGAAAUGGGGGGAAGAAAAAUCACAAAUUAGUUAGCUAGAAAUGCUUUAAUUUCUAUCUUUGAUAUUAAUUUUUUUCACUUGCUCUAGUUUUCAGUGUUGUUUGGAACUCUGGUGCUUUUGAUAGAUGGGAACAUAUUAUGUAAAUCAAAUUCAAGUAAAUGGCUAGUUUAUGAACAAUAUGCAUUGAUCUUCA